UAGAGACAUGUAGAUGGAAAGGAUAUAGAACUUGUGACUUGUAACUCAGCCAAUCAGGUGAAAGUCUCCAGUACAAAAUACUUGGUGCUUUCCUCGCUUAUUUAUUUAUUUUGUUCUCGAAGAGCUCGAUCUGAAUAUUAUUUCACCUCUGAAGAUGGCUCCAGUAUGGACAAUUAUUUUAUUUCUCAACACAAUAUCUCCAGCUCUAUCUGUGGAUUUGUCCAGACCAUCAUUUCUCUCAGUGAAGUCUGGAGAACGUGUUACUCUUAAAUGCCCAUUUGGAGAUAUUCCUAAGGCUGAAAGUGUGGUCUGGUACAAACAAAUAUUUGGAGAAAUGCCUCAAAAAGUGGGAGAAAAAUUAUCAUUUAAAGGUAUCAAAAUUUCCCCUGAGUUCAGAACUUCAGGAUUUACAAUGGAGGCGACUGAUAACGGCAUCUCUCUGAUAAUUCCACAUAUAAUAAAGGAUGAUGGAGGACUUUACUACUGUGGAAGAUUUAGCUGGGAGAAUUUUACAUUAUCUAAUGGAACUUUCUUGGAUGUAACAGGUGAUGGAGAUGUAAAAGUGUCAGUGUUCCAGAGCGACGUGUCGGACUCGGUUCCUGCAGGAGCGUCAGUGACUCUGCAGUGCUCGGUUCUCUCUGAGAGCAGAUCAGCAGAACUCCAAGUGCUCUGGUUCAGAGCUGCUCCACCACAAUCCCAUCCUCAAAUCAUUUACACUCAUCACAACAGCAGCCAUCAGUGUGAGAGCGGCUCUUCUACACACACCUGUGUGUACAACUUCUCCAAGAACAUCCUCAGCCUCAGUGAUACUGGAACUUACUACUGCGCUGUGGCCGUGUGUGGGAAGAUCAUUUUUGGGAACGGGACAAGAGUACAAUUAAGAAAACCUUCACUCAAAGAAUCUGUGGAUCCUGUAGUGAUCUGCCUCGCUGUAGCAUUAGGAGUGUGUGUGGUUGUGAUCUUUGCUCAUGUCGUAAGCUCUAAAGGGAGAAACUGUGAACGUUGUCAUGUGAGAUCUCAUCACGGUUCUGCAGUAGAGAAAACACUCAAUCAGGGCCGUUCUGCUCUCGAGGUCAAUUUUUCUGCUUUACAUUUCAAAGAGAGGAAAAUCAAACCCAAUGAUAGAAUGUACACUGAAGUGGUUUACUCCUCUUUUACUUAGAAUAUAUUUCAGUAAUGCUUUAUAUUACACAUGAUAUUACUGCACAUGUCUCUUACUGUUUCAUGAAUGCAUUGAUCAAUAGUAAAUCUACAGCAAGCCUUACAUGUAUUAUUGUCUUUUGUUGUUGUUGUAAAUGUAAGAAUCUGUGGUUUGAAGUAAAAGUAAAGAUCAGAUGAAAGCUCAUAUCGUCCGAAAUCAUUUUAAACUGUUAGUGUCGUUACAGUCCCAUGCCAACUGAAGAGACACAUAAGGGGCACUCUACAUAAGU